CCCUGAGGCCGGGAAGUUCUCUGGCCACGCGGUCCGAGGGCGGCCCCCUUCACUUGCACCAUGGUCCGAAAUGCAGAAAAGGCCAUGACGGCCUUAGCAAGAUUUCGCCAAGCUCAAUUGGAAGAGGGAAAAGUGAAGGAACGAAGACCCUUCCUUGCCUCAGAAUGGACUGAGUUGCCCAAAGCUGAGAAGUGGAGACGACAGAUCAUUGGAGAGAUCUCUAAAAAAGUGGCUCAAAUUCAGAAUGCUGGUUUAGGUGAAUUCCAAAUUCGUGACCUGAAUGAUGAAAUUAACAAAUUGCUAAGAGAGAAAGGACACUGGGAGGUCCGGGUAAAGGAGCUGGGUUGUCCUGAUUAUGUAAAAGUUGGCCCUAAAAUGCUGGAUCAUGAAGGCAAAGAAGUCCCGGGAAAUCGAGAUUACAAAUACUUUGGAGCAGCAAAAGAUUUGCCUGGUGUUAGAGAGCUAUUUGAAAAAGAACCUCUUCCUCCUCCAAGAAAGACACGUGCUGAGCUCAUGAAGGCAAUUGAUUUUGAAUACUACGGUUACCUAGAUGAAGAUGAUGGUGUUAUUGUGCCUUUGGAACAGGAAUAUGAAAAGAAAUUCAGAGCCCAGUUAGUGGAAAAGUGGAAAGCAGAGAGAGAGGCUCGGCUGGCAAGAGGAGAAAAGGAAGAGGAAGAGGAGGAAGAAAUCAACAUCUACGCUGUCACGGAGGAGGAGUCUGAUGAGGAAGGCAGCCAGGGGAAAGGAGGUGAAGAUGAGUAGCAGAAGUUCAUCGCCCAUGUCCCUGUGCCAUCACAGCAAGAGAUCGAGGAGGCACUUGUGCGAAGGAAGAAGAUGGAACUCCUCCAGAAAUAUGCAAGUGAGACCCUGCAGGCCCAGAGCGAAGAGGUCAAACGACUCAUGGGAUAUUAGGGCUGAGUGAGGGUGCUCCCUGGGUCUGGAAACCUGUUGGAAAUUCUUCAGCCC